AAACUCUACAAAGAAAAGCAGACAUUGUUUUAAUAUUCAAGGUAAAAAGUCAGUUAUGUGUGCUUGGUCGUAAGUAAGAACAUUUGAGUUACCUCAUCUGUGAGAUAACUCAAAUGUUCCUAGCAGCAGUAAAAUCUGUAUCGAAGGUUAAAAAAAAAGUCAGACAGAUUUGUUGGGGUUUUUUGUUCUGGAUAGUAAAUUAGAGCAUAACAUGUAAUCAUUUUUGCAGCCCAAUACAAUGUGUAAGUUGAGCUAUUUUGUGGUGUUGCCACUUGUUCGUUGUCUUCCAUUUUGUAAAGGGCUGGCUCCCUGCGCGCGCACUCUCCCGGUGCUCUAAUUGGCGCGCGCACUCUUGUGUAAAGGUGGAGCCUUGGCACAUCGGCUCGGAAGAAACUUGUGCGGUCAAAACUUUGACAAACAUCGUUAAAUGUCUGUCACAUAGCUAAAAAAUAUUUAAAGUGCAUGUUGCUCAAGAACUCUCCCAAUGUCUGACGAGGCAGAGGAAAGCGACAGCGGCGAGAGAGGGCAUCUCUCUGAGUCUCCCUCCCCGCCUCUGUCCAUCUGUCUUCCCCGAGGAUCUCCUUCCUCUCCACGGCCCCUGGACCUCUUCUCCUCCGCCUCUCCUCUGCUGGGGGACACAGACCCGCCUUACCUCGCCUCUCCGGAGUGUCUUCACCCGUCACCAGAGAGCCCGGAGCCUGGGGACUCCCCACACCUCACAGCGCCAAAGUUCCAGGGCACCGGGGACACCGGCUCUCCGUUUCGUUCGCGGUACGGUGUGCGGAUAGAUGCUGCGUGCGACCACUACGAUGAGCCGUUCCCCAAGUGGAGAGGACGAGGAGCGGUGAACGCUGAGCUCGUUCAGCACCGCGGACAGAGACUCCAACGGACUCCGGAGCUCUCGGGCCACGGGAACCACUACUCUGUUGAACACGUCGACACAGAGUUCAACUCCGACAAUAGGCAAACGGUGGAAGCCAUGCAUCGCCGGCACACCACACUAAGAGAGAAGGGGCGUCGCCAGGCAGUGCGGGGCCCAGCCUACAUGUUCAAUGAACGUGGCUCACCGCUCACUGCGGAGGAGGAGCGUUUUCUGGAUGCUGCUGAAUAUGGAAACAUUCCUGUAGUCCGCAAAAUGCUGGAAGAGUCCAAAACCCUUAACUUCAAUUGUGUGGACUACAUGGGCCAGAAUGCUUUGCAGCUGGCAGUGGGCAAUGAGCACCUAGAAGUGACCGAGCUGCUUUUAAAGAAGGAUGGUUUGGCUAGGAUCGGCGAUGGUCUGCUUUUGGCUAUCUCCAAGGGUUAUGUUCGAAUCGUUGAAGCUAUUCUCGCACACCCUGCUUUCGGUGGAGGCCUCCGACUGGCUUUGAGCCCUCUGGAACAGGAAAUGCGUGAUGAUGACUUUUUUUUUGCUUAUGACGAGGAUGGAACACGUUUUUCACAUGACGUCACGCCCAUCAUCCUGGCUGCUCACUGCCAGGAGUAUGAGAUCGUCCACAUCCUUUUGACAAAAGGGGCCCGCAUAGAAAGGCCACAUGACUACUUCUGUAAGUGUUCAGAAUGUGUGGAGAAACAGAAGAUUGACUCUUUUAGUCACUCACGCUCCAGGAUGAAUGCGUAUAAGGGCUUGGCCAGUGCAGCUUACCUGUCACUCAGCAGUGAAGACCCUGUGCUGACCGCCCUUGAGCUCAGUAAUGAACUGGCAAGACUGGCCAACAUCGAGACAGAGUUUAAGAAUGACUACCGUAAGCUGUCCAUGCAGUGUAAGGACUUUGUGGUAGGUGUGUUGGACCUUUGUCGGAACACAGAGGAAGUGGAGGCCAUAUUGAAUGGCGACGUGGACCAGUGCCCUCCAAGCCCCUACAACCGACCCUGCCUCAGCCGUAUCAAAUUGGCCAUCAAGUACGAAGUCAAGAAGUUUGUUGCUCAUCCCAACUGUCAGCAGCAGCUAAUGACUAUCUGGUACGAGAACCUGCCUGGUCUGAGGCAGCAGUCAAUUGGUGUGAAGUGCUGGACAGUGCUGGGGGUCACUGUAGGUCUCCCCUUCCUGUCUAUCGCCUACUGGAUAAUGCCAUGUAGCAAGCUUGGUCAGAUCCUGCGAAGCCCAUUCAUGAAGUUCGUGGCCCACGGUUCCUUCACCAUCUUCUUGGGCCUGCUGGUUGUCAACGCCUCCGACCGCUUUGAGGGUGUCAAGAACCUGCCCAAUGAGACCAUAACAGACCACCCACGACAGGUGUUCAGGGUCAAAACCACACAGUUCUCCUGGACAGAGAUGUUGAUCAUGAUGUGGGUGUUGGGUAUGAUUUGGUUAGAAUGUAAGGAAAUCUGGAGCGAUGGGCCCAGAGAGUACAUCAUGCACCUUUGGAACGUUCUGGACUUUGGCAUGUUGUCCAUUUUUGUGGCGUCCUUCACGGCACGCUUCAUGGCGUUCCUCAAAGCGUCCAAAGCCCAGCAGUAUGUGGACAUGCAUGUACCAGACGAAGACCUCAGCAACGCCUCGCUGCCUGACGAAGUUGCAUACUUCACUUACGCCAGGAACAAGUGGCGCCCCUCAGACCCCCAGAUCAUCUCUGAAGGCCUGUACGCCAUCGCUGUAGUGCUGAGUUUCUCACGCAUCGCCUACAUCCUGCCAGCUAAUGAGAGCUUCGGCCCACUACAGAUCUCACUGGGGCGCACAGUCAAAGAUAUCUUCAAGUUCAUGGUCAUCUUCAUCAUGGUGUUUGUGGCCUUCAUGAUCGGCAUGUUCAACCUGUACUCAUACUAUCUGGGAGCCAAGUACAAUCCUGCCUUCACCACGGUGGAGGAGAGUUUUAAGACUCUUUUCUGGUCAAUCUUCGGGCUGUCUGAAGUGAUCUCAGUGGUGCUGAAGUACGACCAUAAGUUCAUAGAGAACAUCGGCUAUGUGCUGUAUGGAGUCUAUAAUGUCACAAUGGUGGUCGUCCUUCUCAACAUGCUCAUUGCCAUGAUCAACAGCUCGUACCAGGAAAUAGAGGAGGAUGCUGAUGUGGAGUGGAAGUUUGCCCGAGCCAAGCUGUGGCUCUCCUACUUUGACGAAGGCCGCACCCUGCCCGCCCCCUUCAACCUGGUUCCCAGCCCAAAGUCCUUCUACUACCUGGUCCUCCGCAUCAAGUCCUGCCUGAUACUCCUCUGCAAGGCCAACAGCCGGCGCCAUAACAACGAGCUGGAGAUGGGCAUGCUCAACUCACAGGCCAAGGAUGAGCGCCUCAGAUCUUAUCCACGCCCGGGAGAAGAGUUCAUGCACAGAAAAUCUAGAAAACACCCAACACGAUACCAGAAUAUCAUGAAGCGUCUGAUUAAGCGAUAUGUACUAAAGGCUCAAGUGGACAGAGAGAGCGAUGAAGUCAAUGAAGGCGAGCUGAAGGAGAUCAAGCAAGACAUUUCCAGCCUCCGUUAUGAGCUCCUGGAGGAGAAGUCCGAGGCCGCCGGAGAGCUGGCUCUGCUCAUCCAACAACUUGGCGACAAGUUUGGCAAGAACACCAUGAGACACUGACAGGACUCGCUAGAAGGGGAGAGAAGCAAGAAGGGAGGAAGGUGUGAAAGAGGGUGAAAUCAGGAGGAGGUGGGGGCAGACAGCAGGGUCAUGGUAGGUAUUUUUAAGACUUUGAUAGCAGAAGAGGGGGAAAGAAGGGAGCAGGGGAAACAGGAUUUUUAGAAGAUUGACAGGGAAGAAAGUGAGAGAGUGAGAGAAAUAAACUGAUUAAAAUUUUGCUGAACGCAAGAGUUUAGUAUAUGCAACGACCAAUUAAGGAGGAAUGUAAAAAAGAGGAUAGCAGUGACUGCAAGUAAGCAGGAGGCCAAAGGGUCAGAGGGCACGUAUACUCAGUUGGAGGGGGUUUGUGUUGACAGCUGAAUUCUAAUUAAAGGCACCAUCUUCAGGGAAUGAGAGAGGAGAGGAAGACAGAGGCUCACAGACUGGGUGGGAGUUAGAGGGAGACCAAUGAGGGGGGAAACACAAUCACUAUGAGAUAUAAAGAGGCACCACAGAGCAGGAGCUGAGGCGGUGAUGCGGCGAUGAGGGCCCCCACAUCCACUGCACAGAUAUCAGUGCAUCUCCAACUUGGAGGAGAGAGAGGGUAGCCCAGAGAUGGGAUGACAGAGAGGGAGGGCUUGAGAGAGAGGAGGGACGAGAAAGAAAGGCACAACAAAAAAGACUUCCACUGUUAUUCACACCAGAAAGGCUGGCUUUGCUUCUAUGUCUUCACUUUGCCAGGACAAGCAUAGUGACGCCUGUUAAGAUACUGUGCACUCCUUUAUACACCAGGCUAUCUAAUUAAUGCAUUUUCCAUCCAUAAUGUACAACUUAUAAUCAGGAGUCGAAUGAUUCAGGAAAAAGUGGGAAACAGUGUAGGAUUUAUGCAUUUGAAAAUCGUUCAAGCUCACUCAAAAAUGUAGCAUUAUCCUCUUUGUAAUGUUGGUCAGAGACUUUUGUAUGUCCACAUAACACACAGUGUGUUGUAUUGACAUACAGUAUUGCAGCUCCAUGUGAAUUGUCUCCAGGAGAUCAUAUGUUAAUAAAGAAUUGACAUUGUAGAGUUUAAAAAUAGUUAAAAGUGGCAAUAACAUUACUCCAGACAGCGUGUCUCUACCUCACUCAGAAUUAUUUAAAAUACAAUAUACCAAGCGAGUACACGUUACCAGAAAUGUUGCAAGCAUACCUAACUCAUGGAUGUACAAAAACAAAUAGCAACAUUUCACAUGAUACCUCUCUCCCUUUGUUUAAAGUCUCAUGCAUAUUUGAACAACUUUAAGCCAAUAAACAUGUUAAAUAUGACAGAUAGUCAUAUCUGAUCUAUCUAGAUAACAAACAGAACAAAAAGUCUCUGUGCGACACAUUUGCUAAAAUCGUAACCAGAAAGCAACGUGUCCUUGAGGAGUUGUGUUUACGGCUGUAAAAUGCAGAAGGUCAGUGCUUAUGAGAAGCACAUGAAGGCUUUAGGGCAACUAUACUUUUGUGAGAUGAGAAAAUGAGGGAGAUGGAGACUUUUGGAACAACAGUGUAGUCAUUUGACUAUAAAACACUUCUGCUGCAGAAGCUGUGUGGAGUAAUUUUAUGGUCUUGUUUUUCUUUUGGAGACUUAUUAGAGAUACCGCUACACUAGCUAACUGACUGUGUUAAACUUCACUAGUGAUUCGACUGACGGGAUGAGUAGGUAAUAGCUGAACUUUUGCUGUAACUAAAAUAUAAAGAAAAUGGCAUAUCAAUAAUAAUGCACAUGAUAAACUGCUAAUUCUGCCUAUUAGAAAUUAGAAUCUUUUUAUUUGUGCUAAGUGAAAACUGUAUUCACAACAAACAACUAUUCAGAUGUAGAUACAAAUGGGGUGCUAAAGAUUAUGUUGACCUGUGGGUUCAGCCAAAGUGUAUGUUGUCCGCUGCUUGUGGGAAACAGCAACAUCCAACGUUCAUACAACACUGGUCUGCAUAUAUUUCAAUUAAAAAACUACAAAACUUCAUAAAUUACAGUUUUGGUGUUUUAAAUGUUUAAUCCAUGGAUUGAAGUGGUUCCUCUGGGGACUAUGCUGUGGAUUCAGAUCAUUACAUACAUCAUACAAUUCACCCCUUUCAAAACCAUUUGGUUAACAUAAAACAAUUAAAUAUUUUCAAGCUAAAACACCACAUUUUUAUUAUUCUAUUAUUGUGUGGAUGCUAUCAAAUGUCUUUACCCCCACAGGUGAGAAUCAGCAGGGGCCUACUGCACCAAUUAAAACAUUUAGAGCUCUGUCAUUAUACAUCUUUUGUUAUGGUGUGAAAACAAACCAGAUCAUCAUUAUCAGUUACAGUAAAACUUCACCUUACAAUACUGUGAUGAGUUAUUUCCAAGACAAAUAUAUUUAUAUUUGAAUCCUUGCAGGUAGCUUUAAGCCUAAACUCACUAGUAGGUGUAGUAGGCCCAAGUCUGAGUGAAUAUUCUAAAUCAAAAGGAUUAUGUGGCAUAUGUGGAAAAGUCAAACUUUUUAGAGAUAUGGUUUUCAACCUACAGUGACCAAAUCUAGUUUCAGAUACACAAAUGUUGUUUUGUCAAGAUUUUAUAUAAAGAAGUAGUGGGGCGUUUGUCUUUAUUUAUUUGUACUGUAUGUGUCAAUGAGUGAAAGAGCAGCUAACUAUUUUCUGUGUGCACAACCAGGCUAAUAAUGAAAAGACUCCCAGAUAUUCCCACCACCUGAAAUACAAAAUUAACUGAAAUACUGUAUUUUUAAAUUGUACGCAAGAAAUAUUGAUUAAAGCAAAUCUUGUACUG